UUUUGCCCCACGCACUUUUUUAUUUAAAGGCAACGCUUCCGAGCACAACUAUAAUGGCCGUCAUUUGUGAAUUAGCCUUACGUUUAUUGACUCAUUGAUUUUCUUGGUAAUAGAUUAUCAAGUGGUGCAAAUAGAUAGAUAUGAAUAAAAAAAGAAAACAUGGUGAUGAUUUCAACGCCUUGUCCAUCCCGCCAAGAUGGCUACACUGUCCACGAAAGGGCCAAGUAGUAUUUGACAAAUUUCUACCUUUCAAAACACCACUAGACUCAAAAUAUGAUGAUCAGGUUCCAGAAGAAAACCGAUUCACUGUGGACAUGCUAUUUAAUUCAAUCAAAAUGUCUAAGCGUAAAAUGGGUUUAAUUAUCAACUUAUGUAACACUGAGAGAUUCUAUAAGAGAGAGGCUGUGGAGAAUACAGAGCAUGACUGCAAGUUUAUAUCUCUGAAGUGUGCUGGUCGAGCUGAAGCCCCAACAGAAGAGCAAACAGAAACCUUUAUAAAAGUGUGUGAAAAUUUUGUUAGCAAGAAACCACUAGAACUUAUUGGGGUGCAUUGUACACAUGGAUUUAAUAGAACUGGGUUUUUAAUUGUCUCAUAUCUAGUAAAAAAGCAAUCCUGGAGUGUUGAAGCAGCAGUCAGACAGUAUGCACAAGCUCGGCCGCCAGGUAUCUACAAACAGGACUACCUUGAUGAGUUGUUUAAAAGAUUUGGGGACAUAGACGAUGUACCUUCAGCACCUCCAUUACCUGAUUGGUGUACAGAGAGUGAUGAUACGGAGGUGGAUGAUGAUGGUAGCACUAGUCAAGAAGUCAACAAUGACGGAGGUGGAAAAAGACGAAGAGAGUUUGUGAAAAAGGAUGCCAAGUUUAUGGAAGGAGUGAAAGGUGUCUCUCAGGUGACCACACAGCCUAGGCUGUCACAGAUACAGAGGAAAUGUCAGGUCAUGGCAGGAUGGAAGAGUUCAGGUUUUCCUGGCUCACAACCAGUGUCAAUGGAUAUUUCCAAUCUAAGAUUUCUUGCACAGAAACCUUAUAAAGUCAGUUGGAAAGCUGAUGGAACUCGGUAUAUGAUGUUGGUUGACGGCAAAGAUGAGACAUACAUGAUAGACAGAGACAACUGUGUGUUCCAUGUACCCCAUCUUACUUUCUACAAAAGGAAAGAUCUGAGCACUCCCAUGGCCAACACCCUCCUUGACGGGGAAUUAAUCUUAGACAAAGUAAAUGAUCAAGUCAUUCCUCGAUACUUAGUGUAUGACAUCAUCAAAUUUGAGGGUAUAGAUGUUGGAGGUACUGAUUUUGAUCGUCGUUUACUGUGCAUUGAGAAAGAAAUAAUAGGUCCUCGGAACAUCAAAGCUCAACAAGGCACAUUAGAUAAAUCAAAAGAACCUUUCAGCGUGAGAUUAAAAAAUUUCUUUGAUAUCACCAUGAGCCCAAAGAUCUUGGAAGGGAAGUUUGCUAAGACUCUUAGUCAUGAAGUGGAUGGACUUAUUUUUCAACCCGCUUCUGAUCCAUACAAGUGUGGACGAUGUCCAGAAAUCUUGAAGUGGAAACCACCAAGUUUGAAUUCUGUUGAUUUCAAGCUGAAGAUACAGCGAGUGGAGGGAAUGGGUUUGCUUCCAGAAACGAAAGGUCUGUUGUAUGUUGGACAAUAUGAUCAGCCCUUCGCAGCGAUUAAAGUGAACAAAGAGCUGAAGAAAUAUGAUACCAAAAUUAUUGAGUGUACUUUUGAUGGCACGUCCUGGAAGUUCAUGAGAGAGAGAACUGAUAAAUCAUUUCCCAACAGUUAUGACACAGCCAUGGGUGUAUGUGAAAGUAUAAGGCAUCCAGUUACUAAGGAGAUAUUGUUGAAUUUUAUUGACAGAGAACGAUGGCAGCCUGAUGCCUCCAAACUGAUGCCACCUCCGCUUAGGAAAAAGUAGUCUUUCAGUUGUAACAUUAUUUAUUUAAACCCUUCUCUUUAACCAGCGGAGAUCAAUGCAAACCUUUGGCUUUUUGAGUUGUUACCUGUUUGCUUUUCAGUACGUUAAAGACAAUAUUCUCUUCCAUUUGAAGAAGCUUGUCAGAGAUGGUGUGAAGUAGAUCUGUAAUGUUUUCCCACCAAAAGAAAGUGUCUAUGAGCAUGGCUUCUGAACUUGUGAUUUUGUUUCCUUUACAUGUUCAUUGUCACUACUCAGUUUGAAUGGUUUCUUUGUAUUAAUAUAGGUCAGCUACAUAUCUAGUGAACUUUCAUUUGGAACAUGCUGGCCUUAAUAAAUAAAGACUGAAAAGGAUUUUAAUAUUUAAAUGAACAGUAUAUUUUUAUUAUUAGGACUUAGUGACACAUUAAUAUAAUCUCAGCUAGGACUGAUAUAAUUUUAAAUGAUUGCAGAUGUAGUUAAAAUAUGUUAGGAAUAAAAGAUGGAAGCUAAAGUGUUUAAAUUAAGCAAUUUUAUUUGUUUUUACAAUGGUGAAGAGAAAUGUAAACUUGGGUGAUUUUUUCAAAAGUUAUGCAAACCUCAAUUGUUUCUGUGGAAAAAUGAAAUUGGUGUGCUUGUCAUGAUUCAUUAUUGAAUAUGUGCAUACAAACUUUCAAUUCUUGAUAUUAGCUAAAAGAUUAUAUCUUGAUAUUAGCUAAAAGAUUAUUCUAUGUUGUUAUUUAAAUUAAAAAGCACAUUAAGACCCAUUUUUCACACUUAGAAAUCAGCUUUGCUCACCAUUUCUUGAGACAUCACCACUAAUGUGUUUUUAAGGUCAAUUACAUUUGUUAAUAACAUCCCUGCAGAUAGUUGAACUAAUAAAAUGUCAACCUUGAAGCACUUGAAACAUUGUUUACUUAAUACUUCAUGAUUAUUUGACCUAGCUUUCAUGUUGCCUUAUUCUUGAUUAAAUUGAUUCAAUAUGCAAUGUUAUAUUGUUAUUUUAAAUUUAUGUUAAACAUCACAAGUAAUGAAACUUGUGCUUGAUUUGGUGUAUAUAUAAUUCAAGUCAGGUCUCAAUGUAUAUCACUCAAGAUUAGUGCCUUUUUAAGAGCAUUCUGAUCUGUCUUUGGAAAUAAGAAAUCCUGACAAAUCAAAUUGAUUAAAACAGUCCCUUGAAGUAAGAUACAGGUUUUUUGACAUGAAGUUUUUACUUGGGUGUUAACACUCAUGGCCUCAAGUUCUUCACAAAAAUGCUGAAAUCAUUUUAUUUUGUCACAAAUUUGAUGUUACAUUUAUCAACGUUAUAUUAUCAACAUUUUUCAGCUGGAAGAAGUAGAAAUUGUUAUUUUCUUGUUCAAAGUAAUGAAGGUAAACAAGUUCUUUAGAAUUUAGCAAUUACAUUUAUAAGCAUUACCCAAAUAUUGAUUUCAUGGAAAUGAUGAAUUAAGGUGGUUUGAUCUUGGUGUUAGGGUAUCUGUUAUUAUAAAAUCUACUGAGAAUGAAUAAAUAGUUGAUGCACUUAAUGGAAGCAGAUGUUGUUUUAGGUUAUUGGGU